GAUUGGCGGUCAAAAUAACCGAUUGGUAUGAUGGCAACAUGUUUCUUGGAACCUUAAAUGCUGUAUAUGGAACAAACUUUGAUGUUUUGAAGAAUGGAAACUGACAACAAGCUGCCACGAGAUGACACUGUUUCUGGAUCCUCCACAGAUGCUUUUAUUACAACCAGGGGAAGACAACAGCCAGGCGAACAACAUAGUACAACACUGACACCAGGUGGCGCUGUGGCUGGAUCCCUUGCAGGUGGUUCCGAGGUGACCAGGGAAAGAAAGAAGCAAGUAGGACAACAUAGUACAACUCUGACACCAGGUGGCGCUGUGGCUGGAUCCCCCUGCAGGUUCUUCUGUGGUGAGCAGGGAAAGAAAGAAGCAAGUAGGACAACAUAGUACAACUCUGACACCAGGUGGCGCUGUGGCUGGAUCCCCUGCAGGUUCUUCUGUGGUGACCAGGGAAAGAAAGAAGCAAGUAGGACAACAUAGUACAACUCUGACACCAGGUGGCGCUGUGGCUGGAUCCCCUGCAGGUUCUUCUGUGGUGAGCAGGGAAAGAAAGAAGCAAGUAGGACAACAUAGUACAACUCUGACACCAGGUGGCGCUGUGGCUGGAUCCCCUGCAGGUUCUUCUGUGGUGAGCAGGGAAAGAAAGAAGCAAGUAGGACAACAUAGUACAACUCUGAUACCAGGUGGCGCUGUGGCUGGAUCCCUUGCAGGUUCUUCUGUGGUGAGCAGGGAAAGAAAGAAGCAAGUAGGACAACAUAGUACAACUCUGACACCAGGUGGCGCUGUGGCUGGAUCCCCUGCAGGUUCUUCUUUGGUGAGCAGGGAAAGAAAGAAGCAAGUAGGACAACAUAGUACAACUCUGACACCACGUGGCGCUGUGGCUGGAUCCCGUGCAGGUGGUUCCGAGGUGACCAGGGAAAGAAAGAAGCAAGUAGGACAACAUAGUACAACUCUGACACCAGGUGGCGCUGUGGCUGGAUCCCCCUGCAGGUUCUUCUGUGGUGAGCAGGGAAAGAAAGAAGCAAGUAGGACACUAUAGUACAACACUGACACCAGGUGGCGCUGUGGCUGGACCUACCACAGAAACUGUCACUGCCACAGAGGGAAGUCAGCAGCAUGGGGACAACCAACUACAACACUCACACCUGAUGGUGCUGUGGCUAGACCUACCACAGAAACUGUCACUGCCACAGAGGGAAGUCAGCAGCAGGGGGACAACCCACUACAACACACUCACACCAGAUGGCACUGUUACUAGACCUACCAUAGAAACUGUCACUGCCACAGAGGGAAGUCAGCAGCAGGGGGGACAACCCACUACAACACUGACACCAGAUGGCACUGUGGCUAGACCUACCACAGGUACUGUCACUGCCACAGAGGGAAGUCAGCAGCAAGGGGUUCAAUCCUUUUCAACAACCACACACAACUACCUACCGGGUUGUUCAGUUUCACAUUAUGACAUAUCCAACUCCUCCAACACUGCAGUCGGAGACAGCGGACAUCGAGGCUGUAUAUCACAAGAGAGUCUCAGCAUAAGGAUCAACCAACUCAGUGACAUGUUAGUACAAACCCGUGCUAUUCACAAAGCAGAAGAUCUUCUGAAGAGGCACAGCCACGUUUCAAUCUGUGGAGCCCCUGGAGAUGGGAAGACUACUGCUGCUCUCAGGAUCUGUGAGACGUAUAUGAAGAAAAACUAUCAAGUAUUGUUUGUUGAAAAUAUUGAAGAGUUUGACAUUGAUGUCGUCAUUAAGCGAAAGUGUGACAUGUUGGUGGUGUUUGAUGAUAUCUUUGGCUCUGUUGCAUUUCCCAGCAGUUUGGAGAAAAUACGUAAAGUGUUCAAUGCCUUGGUUGAUAUUUUAUUUCGACUUAAAAGAGGCGCGGAGCUAGCAGCCGAUGAAGAAAGAAAGAAGAAAGUGAAGAAAGGUAUGAAAAAGGAAGAUGAGAAGCAAUGUAAUGAUGAAACGAUAAAAACUGCCACUACAAGAUUCGCUUCAUUUUCACAUCCAGGAACUACAACUGGAAUGAGGGCUGUGCAAGACUACAUCAGUUCAAAGUAAAUCUGUUUAAACCUGAAACCAUUGUUGAUAUGAUCAAGACAUGUUUAACCAUUGAAGAAAAGAAACAGAUCAUGACAUUGUUCAGGACCAGAAGCCGAAUCAUCGAUAUCUCCGAUAAGGACAUGAAAACUAUUACAGAGUUUAAAGACAGCAUGUUUGGAUAUCCUUUGACCUGUAAACUGU